GAGUCAAGCCAUUCAUAAUGUUCUCAUGAAGCUACAGGGAAACAAAUCUGUUCUUUCAAAAUAAUUGCAAAUUUCUGUGUAAGAAUGAAUGGAAAAAGUCAUCCAAAAACUACUUGACUACAUAUACUUAUGGAUCUCUAUGUAAGUGCCAACAAAUGAAUUUUUUUUAUUCAUUUGGUUAUGUAGCAGUUGUUCAUUCUAAUCUUGUUUUGUUCCCUGUCAUAUCUCUGGUACCUAGAAUAAUCCCUACCACGGAGUAGGUCUUCCAUUACUCUUAUGCUUUUAAAUCUCCCCUCACCUCAUUGUAAAUGACUUUUGAUUUCUCUUUUAUGCCCUUUUUAUACACCUUCCCCUAAUAUCUCCAUUUAUUUCUGAAGCUUCAUAGGAUUCAGCCAUUGAGGUCACUUGGGUUUAGAUAUACCAAAAGUCUGUGAUUUCUUUAUUUGCAUAUAUGCACAUUUGUUGUUAUCCUUACCACCUUCUAUCAGUUCCUUACCAUAAGAUACACUUAAUUCUUGAAAAUUCACUUGUGUCUUACAAAGAUGGCAAAUUCAAACUUCGGCUGUGUAUGACACACCAUUAACUGCACAAGGACACUCUGUAUUUGCUACGUUAAUAUUUACUGAUGAGUUAAUGUAAUAACGACCCAUCUGCUUCUGCUGUCUGUGAGGUACUUUCUAUCUAUAGGGAUGGAAAUUAAUGACAAGGCUCCCUGAGCUGCCUGAUGUCAGAGCUGAGAAAGGUGUGAGGGGUAUAUAAGAGCUAGAUUACUAGUUAGCAAAUGAGGGGGUAAAUAUUCCAGUGGAUACAAGCUUGGGCUCUUUUCUUGAAGCUUUCUUUCUGUCAAAGGCAUUUGCUGAUAUUGCUGACGUUGAAACAUUAAAAGAAAAUUUGAGAAGCAAUGUGCAUUCUGAAGCUGCAAGUAUUUCUCAUCGUGCUCUCUCUUGCAUUAAACCAUCUGAAAGCUAUACCCAUUGAAAGUCAUCAGGUGGAAAAGCGGAAAUGCAACACUGCCACGUGUGCAACGCAGCGCCUGGCAAAUUUUUUAGUUCGUUCCAGCAACAACUUUGGUACCAUUCUCUCAUCUACCAACGUGGGAUCCAAUACAUAUGGCAAGAGGAAUGCAGUAGAGGUUUUAAAGAGAGAGCCACUGAAUUACUUGCCCCUUUAGAGGACGAUGUAACUCUAUAGUUAUUGUUUUAUGUUCUAGAUAUUUCCUGUAUAAUUUAACACUGCCUUUUUCAUUUCCAGUGUGAAUAUAUGGUCUGUGUAUCUGAUGUUUGUUGCCAGGACAUAUACAUUGUCAAAAGAUUGUUUUAUAUACAGUACUAAGGUUCCGUAAUAAAAAUAUGGUAUCUUUUAAAAUGAAAUGUUUUUACUAUAGAUAUUUAUUUUAAAGCAUAAAAAAAUCAUUUUGGGACCUAUAUCUCAGUGGCACAGGUUUAAGAACAAAGGAGAAAACAGUAGUUUGAACCUCAGUAAAUUGUAAACAGCUAAUAAUAAAGUUAUUAUUCUUAACAUUAGAAAAUCAGUAAUUGGGCCGGGCGUGGUGGUUCACACCCGUAAUCCCAGCACUUUGGGAGGCCGAGGUGGGCAGAUCACGAGGUCAGGAGUUCGACACCAGCCUGACCAACAUGAUGAAACCCUGUCUCUACUAAAAAUACAAAACUCGGCUGGGCGUGGUGGCACAUGCCUGUAAUCCCAGCUCUUCAGGAGGCUGAGGCAGGAGAAUCACUUGAACCCAGGAGGGGGAGGUUGCAGUGAGCCGAGACUGCGCCACUGCACUCCAGCGUAGGCGACAGGACAAGACUCCGUCUCAAAUUAAAAAAAAGAAAGAAAGAAAGAAAAAAAAUUAGUAAUUGUAAGUACCCCUGUUAAGCAAAUUAGUAAUUGUAAGUACUCGUGUUAAGCAAUUCCUUUUUGCAGUAGAUUUCGGAAAUGAUAGGAUGCUGUUUUAAAAACAAAGAAAAUCCUGCUCCUGACUCAGUCAAAAUAUUUUUUAAAGUCCAUUGUUUGUUGUGCUUGCUGGUUCUAAGAGGCUAUUUAAAAAUAUAAAACCACUUUGUAUCCAUGAGAGUUUCAUUGUGUGUUAGCAGCAGUGAGCUUCUGUUAAAUGUAUAUGCCCUUUAUUCUGUUUAAGUGGCUUUCAGCAAACCUCAAUCGUGUUUUUAUGCAGGGUAUUGCAAAACAACUUGUGUUCUACUAAUCGUGUCUUCAGUUAAAAGACCACAGACGUCUGG